AGUGUUCUAGUAGCCAACACCAGGGAGUGGCAGGUUGCCUUUCCUCAAGGAGGCAAGUGUACGCUGGAAUAUUUGCACCUGUUGUGAAACUCGGGGAGAUCUCAAGGCUUUUGAGGAAAUUAGCAAACCAGAAGGAGCAGGCAUUCCACGGAAGUUCAGUAAACUCCUGACUUUGCAGAGUGGAGGUUGACCCGGUGUGAGUCUGCAUUAUCUACGCGGCUUCUGACCCAGGAAUGUGAACCUCAGGAUAGUGACCUACACACAGCAAGGAACGCUUCCAAACUCCACACUCUCCAGUGUGGACAUCAAUGGCGAACUUCAAAGGACACGCUCUUCCCGGCAGCUUCUUCCUGCUCUUUGGCCUGUGGUGGUCCGUGAAAUAUCCACUCAAGUACUUAACAAGAAAAACCAAGAGCUCCAGGUUGUGCUUGAACCGAGCGGAGCUGGUGGAAGGGGUGCUGAAGGCCAUUUUCUCAGUUGUGGGAAUUCUAGCUGAGCAGUUUGUCCCGGAUGGACCCCACCUACACUUAUUGAGCCAGGACAGGCAAUCCUGGGUCAAACUGAUGAACUGGCAGCACAGCACCAUGUACCUGUUCUUUGGCAUUUCCGGCAUCGUGGACAUCCUCACAUACUCCUCACUCAAGAUUCCUGUGGGCUUGGACCGCCUGGUGCUCUCACUGGCCGUGUUCAUGGAAGGUUUCCUGUUUUACUUUCAUGUUCACAACCGGCCUGCCCUGGACCUGCACAUCCACUCACUGCUGCUCACCGCUGUGUUUGGGGGCUCGCUCAUCAUCAUGCUGGAGGUGUUCCUGCGAGACCACAUCGUCUUGGAGCUGUUCAGGUCCAGCCUGGCCAUCCUGCAGGGCACCUGGUUCUGGCAGAUUGGUUUUGUCCUUUACCCCCCCAGCGGUGGGCCUGAGUGGAAUGAAACUGACCACAGCAAUGUGAUGUUCAUCACACUGUGUUUCUGCUGGCACUUUGUGGUCGCCAUGUGUAUCGUGGCGAUGAAUUACACACUGAUCUACUGUUUUAUGCAGAUCAGGUCCAGGAGAACUGUGACUCUGGAGCUGGAACAGCUGAGGGGCUCGGAGAAGAACUCCCUGCUGAGCAGUUCUGACAUCGAGUGAGGUGAAGACCUUGAUCGACCAGCGGCUCCUGCACACCCACGCGUCAUGUUCACGUCGAUGAUUUUUGUUUCAGUUUCCUGAAUUGUGAACUUUUAAAAUGUAGUUUGUUCCUUGAACAACAUUGAUUCACUGAUUGUACUGUGGAGUGGGAAUGAGGGGCUGGGGUGCCUGUUGUGAAAUAGCUCUGGUGAUGGGGAUCCAUCAUGGGAUUGUCUCCCACAGACUUCACGGUAGGCAGUGAGUCUCGACCAGACUAGAGCAGUCAUUCCUCAUAGCAGCAAACUGGCAGGUUCUGAAUAAGCGUCUCUUUUCUUCAUGAUGGAAACUACGGAAUGAUUUCACCACUGAAACUGGUAUCAGAAUGUAGAGUGCAGAAAUCUUUUUCUUGCAUCUGACAAUCUACUUACUCUUUCUGGAUGAAAUAUAAACAGCUUGCAACUGUGUACGAAAGAACUGCAGAUGCUGGUUUAAUCAAAGGUAGACACAAAAUGCUGGAGUAACUCAGCGGGACAGGCAGCAUCUCUAGAGAGAAGGAAUGGGUGAUGUUUCUGGUCAAGACCCUUCUUCUCACUGUGAAUGCUUGGUACUGUACAAACUGUAACAGCUUGUAACUGCUUUGAAUACCACCCAGGAGAGGAAUUUGAAUUAAAGUUGAUUGAGCUGCA